GAGCGGAGACUCGGAGCACUGCGCACUGGAAAUAAUGUCCCAUUUAUCUCUUUGAUUUUAACAGAAAAGGACUGCAAGAUGCUGGUCUGGACCCUGCUGAUGUGUUUCAGCCCCUCCAUUCUGGGACAAGUGGUGGAAUCUCAGUUUGAGGAUGAUUUCUACUCCGACCUGUCCGACUUUGAUUUAGACAUUGCUCCACGCAGGGUCCCUCGGCAGGUGAAAACCAUACUGACCAAGGAGAGCAAACCGCACAUCCAAGAGCUCUCCAUCAAGACCACCAUCAUCUCCCGGUACGCCUUCACCGCGGUGUCCUGCGCCAUGCUCAACCGGCACUCCGCCGCCGCCCAAGGGGUCUUCCAGUUCCAGAUCCCCGCUGCUGCCUACGUCUCCAACUUCACCAUGAUCGUCGGAGGGCGGGUCUUCCAGAGCGAGGUCAGGCCCAAGGAGAAGAAGGUCAAACAGGGGAAGGGGGAGAACAGCAAACCCAAGAACAAAGAGUCAGGUGACACAAGCUCUGAGUCGGAGGUGGAGGUGUUCAGGAUGGCAGUCAGCAUCCCGGGUCGAAACCGGGCCGUCUUCCUGCUGACCUAUGAGGAGCUCCUCCAGCGGCGUCUGGGACGUUAUGAGCACGUGACCAGCCUGAGGCCACUGCAGCUGGUCAGCCGGCUCAGCCUGGAGGUCACUGUCGUCGACCACUCGCCCAUCACGCACCUCGAGGUGCUGCCGCUUCGCAACGGCAAGAGCACCAGCGCCUCCAGCGCAGGCUCUAAUGCACCGAAGACACUGGUCAAGCCUGAGCCUCCCAUUACCACUGCCAUCAAACAGGAGAAGAACUUCUGCAAGAUCACCUUCAGCCCGAACAUUGUCCAGCAGGCCAAGAUCACCACCAACGGCAACCUGGGAGACUUUGUGAUCCGCUACGAUGUGGAGAGAGAAAUGGGGAUAGGAGACAUACAGGUUUUGAAUGGCCACUUUGUCCACUACUUUGCUCCCAAAGACCUGCCUGUUGUGCCCAAGAAUGUGGUGUUUGUGAUCGACACCAGCGCCUCCAUGCUGGGAACGAAGAUCAGACAGACUAAGGAUGCUCUGUUCACUAUUUUGAGGGAUCUACGUCCCGGCGACAACUUUAACUUCGUAAGCUUCUCUAACAGGAUCAAGGUGUGGCAGCCGAACCGCCUGGUACCGGUUACACCCCUUAAUAUCAGGGACGCCAAGAAGUUUAUUUACACGCUCACUCCCACUGGAGGCACAAACAUCGAUGAUGCCAUCCAGACCAGCUCCACGCUGCUGAGGGAUUACCUCUCCAGUGCCGAUGUCAGCCAGAACAGCGUGUCCCUCAUCAUAUUCCUAACAGAUGGACGCCCCACAGUUGGGGAGAUUCAGUCCCCUGCCAUCCUAGGGAAUACCAGGUCAGCCGUACAGGAGAAAUUCUGCAUCUUCACCAUCGGGAUUGGGAAUGAUGUGGAUUACCGGCUGCUGGAGCGCAUGGCUCUGGAAAACUGUGGGAUGAUGAGACGCAUUCAUGAGGAGGCUGAUGCCAGCGCUAUGCUCAAAGGGUUCUACGAUGAGAUAGGGACUCCCCUACUGUCUGACAUUCGGAUCAACUACACAGAGGACUCGGUCCAGUACGUCACCCAGCACCUGUUCACCAACUACUUCAACGGCUCUGAGAUCAUCAUCGCUGGAAAACUGACCAACCAGAGCGCCGAAUCCCUCCAUGUCCAGGUUACUGCCAGCAAUAACGACAAGAGUAUCAUCCUGGAGACUGAUGUGCCCCUGCGGCAGCGGCAGAUGGAGACGGAGAAGCACGUGAAGACGGCUACGGCAGCAGCAGGGCCUGAGGUGAAGCCUCCAGGGUCAGCAGUCACACAGGCAUUAGGGGUUACUCUGGGAUUGAUAGCAGAGGACUUUGUGGAACGCGUCUGGGGUUUCCUGAGUAUCAAGGAGGGACUGCGGUCACGACUGCGCAGUCAAACCAGCAGGGAGAGGGAAAGUCACAUCCAGCAGGCCACCAACCUGUCCCUUGCCUACCACUUCCUCACCCCACUCACCAACCUGGUGGUGGAGAAGCCUGAGGUCCUGGCUGAUGGCACCAUAGCCCCGGCACCCACUCUCGCCCCUGACACCAGCAAGGCUUCCUCGUCAGCCAAUGAGCUGCCCAAUGACAUGGACGAAGACACUCCUCAACAUCUUGAUGGGAAGAAGCCAGGCAGCCAGAGUUCCACUCUCAGCAAGAUUACUGGUAAAGUUGUGAGGAGGCCAGUCAAGAAAUCCAUCACCAUCUCCAAAACAUCAGCGGAUGGUGACCCCCACUUUGUGGUUGAGUUCCCCCUCAGUAAACUGACAGUGUGCUUCAACAUCAACGGAGAGCCCGGACACAUCCUUCGCCUGGUCUCUGACCACAAGUACUCUGGUGUGACAGUGAACGGGAAGCUGAUCGGAGCCCCAGCUCCACCAGGCAGCCACAAGCAGCAGCGUACCUACUUCAGCACCAUCACCAUAGUGACGGACCAGCCUAAACGGGCGUACAUCGAGGUGACACCUAAGAAAGUCAUUCUGGAUGGCCAUGACCGCAUGGUCCUGCCCUGCGACUCCACGGUUGCGGUAGAGAGCGGUGCACUGUCGGUGGCCAUUGUGGCAAAGUCUAAUGUGACCGUGACCAUCGGAGGGACCAUCAGCUUUGUGAUCCUGGUGCACCAGUACAAGAACCCAGCCCCCUACCAGAGGGACCAUCUGGGGUUCUACAUCUCCAACAGCAAGGGGCUGUCCCACAACUGCCAUGGCCUGCUGGGUCAGUUCCUGUAUGAGGAGGUGGGACUAGCAGAGCCUCCUGCCAACAUCUCAGCACAAGCAGACAUCAAAGCUGCACGAGUCCUGAAGGUGAAGGACCGCUCGGUGCCGGUGAUUCAGAAGACCAGGCGCAUCUACAGCGGGACACAGAGCGUCGACUGCUGGUUCGCCAAGAACAAUGCGGCCAAGCUGAUAGAUGGACAGUAUGAGGACUAUUUGAUGUCACACAUGUUCGACACAGGGGAUUGGCCACAUGGGACUAACAGCGCCUGAGGUUACAGCCAAUCAGGAACCUGACCAGGGGGCAGCCCAUUUCACUCAGUGGUCCAAAAAAUUAACCGCAGCUGUGUCAUUUUGAUGUUUGACU